AUCAUGUUCUAUAUGGCUGCAAUAGUCAACGUUAUCCGGUCUGACCCCGCGAUGGGCCCAGUAGGUGCAAUGAACAUAAUGGUUCUAGAGUCCAAACCUGAAGAUGUGUUUGGAGAUGAUGUGAUCUUUAAUCCCAAUUUGAAAUCAAUCGAUUAUCACGGAUCAAAAUCAUUUUCCGCCAAUCUGACGACAAAAAUUCAUUUAGAUAGCUCAAUUACCUACAAGCUCGAACUAUACCAGUGGACAGAUUUUGGAUGUAGUUUCGUUAUGAACCAGAACGACAAUUUUUGUGCAAGGUUUCCAAAGAAUACGCCGCAUCUUUGGGAAAACGCCAUGGCUGCAUUAAAACCGCCCGUUACGGAGAAGUUCCACAUUAGGGUUCUUAUACGCUCGAAGAUUUUCAAGUGCACUUGAGCGACUAUCCGAAGUUCAUUUUAUAUUACGGACACUUUAAGGCCACGAUUAAACUAUUUGCUGGGCUAAACCCCAUUAUCAGUAUGUUUGUGGAGGUAAUUACCCAAGCGGCGAAAUGACGGG